GUCUCGGAAGCAGGCUAACAAAUUCAGAAAUACUGAAAUGAAAGGGUUACGUCAAGGACUCUAGUAGAAUGAGUUCUUUUCACGCUGUGUUCAGUGUUGUAUCCAUUUUUGUCCAAACUGGACACGAGUCUCCUCUCCACCACGCCGCCACGUUGACCGGGCGAGAUAAUUGACACGACCAUAAGCACCACCGACCACGAGCUCAAGUAUGUGGAACUCCGCGUGUUGUUGGCACACGUGCCACUGCAACUAACCACAAUAGCGGUAGUGAUCAGCUGGCUUACAUUGAGCUGUCAACUGCAUCCGACGACGCAUGAGCUGCAGGAAGUGACACUGAUGAAACUUCUUUAUCUCUACGACCCCGAGGCUUGUCAGCAAGUCUACUUCUACAACUAUACUGUUCUUCUAAGAGACAGUCUUUCAUUAAAAUCAGUACAAUGGAUUGUGAAGAAUGAAUGCGCUACGAGUUUUAGAGGAAAAAUCAAGAUCUGGAUGGUUCUUCAUAUACUGUGGCUGUUCUUCUGUUUACUAAACAAAGCUCAAGGCACCAGGGCAUAUGGGUUCUACGCUUCCCUGCUACCUUUUACUGCAUGCGGAAUCGCCUUGCUUGUCUACGACUUGGUGUUGGUUGCAUUGUUUCUGUCCGAUACUAGCAAAACUGGGACUGAAGGAGACAUUAUCAAAUACAUCGAUGACUACGGCGGCAAAGUCGGGAGCAUCAACAAAACCAACGUCGACAAGCCGUUUGCAAGUUUCUUUCUCCCCGACGUCGAAACAGGGGUCGACACUUCUUGGAUCUCUUUACUCUUCGCAUACGCGAGCUGUCGUGGUAUCGUUCAGUGGGUCAUUAAUUUCUGGAUUGUCGUUGAUAAUUAUUAUCAAGGGUUAUCUAUUAAUCGUAAACUAAAUGCAAAGAAAGAUGGUGAUGGUGGCCGAAGUUCGGUGUUGUCACUUUGAUUCCAUAUCAUAUAAUAUCUUGGGCAACUCUUGGCGAUGUAGCCAUUUUCAUUUCUGACCACCCACAGCCAAGUCCUUGACCUCUAUACGAAAUCUAUUGAGAGAAAGUACUGUAGUCAACGUUCCCACACAGUGCAAUAGCCAAAUUUUCAUAACACAUCUCAAGACUUUGAUAUUGUGAAAGUAUUAGCGGUGUUGAACUACUGGUGGCCAUAUGAAAAUUUGUUCCAUUGGACAACAAAUUAUAAUCCUAUUGGUACCAGCCUGAACGUAUAAAGCUUGUUGGUGAAAAAUUUAUCUCUUACAUUAUCAAAUAUUAGCCCCUUUAUGUCAGGAAGCUGAUGCAAUCGCUAAACCUUCAUUCAUUUGGUCGUCAACCGAAG